UGGCUGAACUCUUCUGAGGAAGUCGGAAGAGGUCGAUUGCGCUACACCUUGGGCUCUGUUGUGGAGAGAGCGGGGUCAGUUCCUCAGCUUCACCAUGGUGAGCGAGGGGCUGCUCUCCACAGAUAGGGAGGAGUGGCUGGCCCUGGAUCCAGUGACCUAUAAUGAUGUGCAUGUUGACUUCACUCGGGAAGAGUGGGCUUUGCUUGAUCAUUCCCAGAAGAAUCUCUACAAAGAUGUGAUGCUGGAGACUUAUAUGAACCUCACUGCUAUAGGAUACAAAUGGGAAGAUCAUAAUAUUGAAGAACAUUGUCACAGUUCUCGAAGACAUAAAAGGCACAAAAGAAGUCAUUCUGGAGAGAAACCUGAAUAUACUCAAUGUGUUAAAACAUUUGCAUAUCACAGUCAUCUUCAAAGGCAUCAAAGAAUUUAUACUGGAGAGAACUAUGAAGGUAUUCAAUAUGGUGAAGCCUUUGGAUAUCAGAGUAGUCUCCUAAUACAUAAAGGAACACAUACAGGAGAGCAACCCUAUGAAUGUAAUCCAUGUGUUAAAGCUUUUGCAUGUAAUCUCCAAAUGCAUCAAAGAAUACAUAUUGGAGAGAAAUCGUAUGAAUGUAAUAAAUGUGGAAAAGCCUUUGUAUAUCACAGUCAUCUUCAAAUGCAUGAAAGAAAACAUACUAGAGAGAAACCCUAUCAAUGCAAUCAGUGUGGUAAAGCCUUUGUAUAUCACAGUGGUCUUAAAAUACAUAAAAGCACACAUACUGGCCAGAAACCCUACAAAUGCAACCAAUGUGCUAAAGCCUUUGUGUAUCCCAGUCAUCUUCAAAGGCAUGAAAAAACACAUACUGGAGAGAAACCAUAUGUAUGUAAUCAGUGUGGUAAAGCCUUUGCAUAUCACAUUUGUCUUACAAUACAUAAGAGAACACAUACUGGUGAGAAACCCUACAAAUGUAAUCAAUGUGGUAAAACCUUUGCAAAUCAGAGUCAUCUUCAAAUACAUGAAAGAACACAUACUGGAGAGAAACCCUAUGAAUGUAAUCAAUGUGAUAAAGCCUUUGCCCAGCGCAGUGCUCUUCAAAUGCAUGUAAGAACGCAUACUGGAGAGAAACCGUUUGAGUGUAAUCAAUGUGGUAAAUCCUUUGCUCAUCAUAGUACUCUUCAAAUGCAUAAAAGAACACAUACUGGAGAGAAGCCAUAUGAAUGUAAUCAAUGUGGUAAAGCCUUUGCUCAUCAUAGUGGUCUUAAAAGGCAUAAAAGAAUACAUACUGGAGAGAAACCUUAUGAAUGCAAUCAAUGUGGUAGAGCCUUUGCUCAUCACAGUACUCUUCAAAUGCAUAAAAGAACACACACUGGAGAGAAACCCUAUGAAUGUAAUCAAUGUGGUAAAGCCUAUAUAUCCCAACAUGGUCUCCAAAUGCAUGAAAGAACACAUACUGGAGAAAAACCGUAUGAAUGUAAUCAAUGUGGUAAAGUUUUUGCACAACACAGUACUCUUCAAAUGCAUAAAAGAAUACAUACUGGAGAGAAACCCUAUCAGUGUACUCAGUGUGGUAAAGCCUUUGCAUAUCACAGUCACCUUCAAAUGCAUGAACGAACACACACUGGAGAGAAACCCUAUGAAUGCAAUCAAUGUCAUAAAGCCUUUGCACAACACAAUACUCUUCAAAUGCAUAAAAGAACACAUACUGGAGAGAAACCCUAUGAAUGCAAUCAAUGUGAGAAAGCCUUUGCAUAUCAUAGCAAUCUUAAAAUACAUAAAAAAACACAUACUGGAGAGAAAUCCUACAAAUAUAAUCAAUGUGAUAAAACCUUUGAAUGUACGAGUAAUCUUUAAAAUCAUAAGAAAAAAAUCAUACUGCAAAGAAACCAUCUGAAUGUAGUUAAUGUGGCAGAGUUUUGUAAGCCAUGGUUCUUGUUCUUUAUUGUUCUUCAUACAAGAAUAAAACUUUUAGUAUGUUGUUAGUCUGUAAAGUCUUUCAAUAUAACAUUAGACUUGAGGAUAUGAAAAAUAAAUUAUACCACAGGGAAUCUGAAUAUAAAUGAUUUGAUAAGAUCUUUAGGAACCACACUUAAUUUCUAUUACACAAGAGUAUUUAUUAUAGAGAAAAUAAUGUGACAUGUGUCAACAAUCUGUUCAAGCAUUCUAAUGUGUACAUCCAUAAACUCACAUGAACAAAAGGCCUAUGAAUUUAAAUUAAGGUAACCCUUUUAGAUUUCAUACUUCUCUUCAAUUAAAUGAGAAAAUGAUCCAGGUAUAAAAUUUCAUGGAUGUGUAUUAGUGCCUUUUCUGUUGCUGUGACAAAGCACUAUGUUUAAAUUUCAAGAUUUGUUUUAGUUUUAAUUAUACCAUUUCACUGUUUCUUUGUGUGGGUAUGUUCAUGUUAAUUCUGAUUCCCAAGGUUAGAUUCUUGGAACUGUUCAAGCAUUAUGAUGUCCCUCUUUAUUUUGUUUACACCUACAAACUCACAUGGAUGAUAGGCCUAUGAAUUUAAAUGAUAAGGUAACCUUUUAUAGAUUUCAUACUUCUCUUCAAUUAAAUGAGAUAAUGAAUCUAGGUAUAAAACUUCAUGGAUGUGUAUUAGUGCCUUUUCUGUUGCUGUGAUAAAGCACCAUGUUUAAGUGAACUUAUGUCAGGGUUUAAUUUGGCCCUUGGUUCCAGAGAAAUACAGGACCACUGUGAAAAUGACCUAGAAACAAGUGUCAAACAUGGCAGUUAAAAUAAGAAGCCAAAAAUUCACAUCUUUAACCUGCAGCAUGAAGCAGAAAGGAUAAACUGGAAAUGGUGUGCAGAUGUAAAGGCCAACCCCAGUGACAUAUUUCUUCCAGCAGGGCAACUUUUCCUAACUCUUCCCAUAUGAUACCACAGACUGAGAAUGAUUGAUUUCACUGACUUCAAGCCAGCAUGUUUGCUUUCUGUUACAUGAUCCAAUUCAUAAUGGAGAAAAACUCUGUAAACCUUUAGAUGCCUCAACACCUGUAUUACAGGAAUUACAAUAGAAAGACAUGAGUGAAAAUUAGUUUCAGGAUUUGUUUUAAUUUAAUUAUGCCAUGUCACUGUGUCUUUGUGUGGGUAUGUGCAUGUGUGUUCUAGUUUCCAAGAAGGUUAGACCUUUGUAGCUUCUUGUAGCAGGAAUUAUUGAAAGUUGUCAGAAUCUGACCUUGGUCCUGGCAAUGAACUUGCAUUAAGGGCUUGAUGAUGUCUCUAGCCCUGAAAAUAUUUUAAAGCUUUCUAUCAUCUUGAUAUCAGUAAAUAGGGAUGAACUCAUACAAGAGAAAAACCCUAUUCAUGUAAACAAAUUGGUAAAGACUUUUGACAUCACAGUUGUCUUAAUUUCAAGGAAAAAAACUUGUUUCAUCUCUUUUUCAUUGUAGCCUUGAAGUAAAUAAAUUAUUAAUCAAGUUCAGUAAAGACUUAUGUGAGGCUCACAUUGUGGCUUCUAUUUUGCAACAUGGGAGGUAGAUAUAAAAGUGUACUAUAUGUGUAGCAAAUCCAUUUAAUGAAUUUUGUAGCACAAGUUCUAAUAGGUAUUAGUAAUAAAGUCCCAGGAUAAGAUAAGAGAAAAAAAUGCCAAGAGAUCAGAGAGAUGAAGGAGCAAACCACAGCUACUUUCCCUACUCAACUCCCCAGCUGAAAAGAAACUGAGCUCAUGUCUUCUCCUGUCUCAUCACUUCCUCUCUCUGCCCAUCCAUAUCCCUUCCUGUCUGUCUGUGCAGACCUCCAGACCUCAAUGGUUAGCUAAUGGCUAGCUCUGCCCUCUAAUUGUUGGGCAUGCUUUAUUUGUACAAAUAAGAUAUCACCACAAAAUUUACUUUGUGGUUCUUAGGUUUCUUCUGUGGCUUUUGUUCAUUUAUUAUGCUUUCACUUGGUGAGAGAUAUUUUCCUGCUGCAAUGUAUGGAAUGGUAUGGCCAUUAUCUAAAUGAUCCACUUUUAUUUAAAUAUUAGCAGUGUGUGAUCAUAUUCAAGUAAGUGUUUAUUAAUGGGUGGUGAGAUUUUGUUCCUGGUUUUAUUUUUUCACAAAUUCCCUUGAAAUAUUGUUUGUUAUCUAGUCUGGCUUGAUGUCAGCAAUUAGUCAGGGAUACAUUUCAAAUCAUAAUCCUUAUGUAUCAGUCUCCUAAGUACAAGACUAAGGGUAGAUGAUGUACUCCCAAAGUUUGCUGAUUUGUCAAAAUGUUUUAACACUGUUAAUGUUAAAAUACUUAAUAGAGAAUAUAAAAAACAUUAAAUACCUCAUGAGUAUAUCCAAAAAGCAUUUUCAUCUAUCUGGAAGAGAUGUAAUAAUGAUUGAUAAUCAGAAAUCAACUGUAUGCUUCACAAUAUAAUGAUGUGGUAUGGAUAUGUAUAUAUUAUUUAAAUUCCAUGAGUCUUCAUGUCUUCAUCAGUUAUCCAUUUGGUACAUCAUCUUCCAGAGAUGCCAGAUGAUGUAAUGGCAAUGAGAGGUUUUUUUUUUUAAAUUGUUGUAUAUGUAUGUAAUGUGGGUUUUUAGGACAUGGCAGAUAUGUGGAGACCAGAAGACAACUUUGUGGGAUCUACUUUUGUCCAGACUUGCUCAACACAGACAUUUCCAACAUAAUUGUUUCAUUGAUGCUCAAAUAAGAUUAGUUGAAACAUUACAAAAGUAAAAUAUGGUUCUCUUUUCAGAUUGUAAACGUAUUUUUUUAUCAAAGAAUAAUGGAAAACAGGAGAAAUUGAAUAAUAAAUCCUGCUUGUAAAUGAA